AUGCAGGCCCCCGAUGACCAUGAUGGCAAGGGCAGUGGGGUAGGUGGUGCUGGAUCACCCAUUGGCCCAGGGGGCCCCAUGGGCCCUGGAGAAGGGGGCAGCACCAGAGUGGAAAGCGCUGCCACUGAGGGAGCUCCCCAGGUCGAGGGGGCAUCCGCCCUCACGGUGCCUUUCCUGUCCUACAAGGAUGUGGAGGUGGCACGCAGGUACCUGAUCCCAGGUGCUGAACCCUACCAAGGGACUGUUCAUUGGGAGCUCAUGGUGAAGGGCAGUGACCUGGUUAUAUAAGUUCUAGAAGGGGCUGACUGAUUAACUGCUGAAGAUUCUGACCUCCUGCAAAUUUCCACAGCCUCCUUGCUCAACCAACUUUCCACAGUGGUGCAGACCAUGCAGCCUUUUGUGCCCUCGUUUUCUGCUAAGUUUCAGCCCGAUAAAGGGGGUUGA